ACACUUCCUACUUGCUUAUCGUCUCUUUCACUGUUCUUCUCUUCUCUUCUCUUCUCUUCGCUUCUUUUCUCUGCAACCAAGUCUUUUCUUUUUAUCCUUUUGAUUUUUAUUAGUUUCUCUAUGCCAUGAUGGAUCUCACUUCAUCCUCCAACAACCGCCACCCGUCGCCUCCAUCGGAUGGCCAUAAAUCCUUCCAGCUCCACUGCUACUCUAACAACAACCAUCAGAAACCCACAUGUCCGGCUGUCAAUAACCGAUACCCUCCUUCGCCAUCAACUGCUGUUUCUUCCACCGAUAACAACACUCUCCGACCCCCAAACUUCAUGAUUCAACUCUUAAAGGACUCUCCUCCCUUCCGAUCAGAACCCAGCAACCUACAAACUCUACUUUCUCAACUCAACCCAUCCCCGGAAAAGUUCCACAUUGACCCUACUGGAAAAAUCGCUGCUUCCUUAUAUUUCCAGGAAUGGACUACAACCCUCUCUUCGAUUAUUUCACUCUGGCGUUCCCGCCUUGAGGGGUCUCACAAUUACACUCCCAACCUUAUUUCCAACGUCCUCGUACCUUCCGACAGUCUGGAACUCCAACAAGACCUGAAAACCCUUUUCUCGAACCAUAUAAAGGGAUUGAUGGAAGGGGAAUUGGUUAAGGAAUGGCAGAAAAAAAUCGAUGAGAAGUCUGAUCAGAUUGCUGAAGUAUCGGGACAAAUGGGUAAGAGGCAUUAUUCAAUGGGAAGAUUUUUCAUGCUGAAUGACAAGAAGAAAGCUUUGAAUGAAGAGAGCCUGAUGAUCUCGAAGCGGUUGAAUGAGUUUAAGGGAGGGAUGAGGAGUUUGCUACGGUGUUUGGAAGAUGAGAAAAUCGGGAAGGAGGAACAAGAGGAAAAUAUCGAUGUUUUCAGGGUUGAUGGAGAGCUUGAUUGGGAGAGAAUUCAUCGGCUGAUUUUGAGGGAAUGUAGGAGAUUGGCCGAUGGUUUGCCUAUUUAUGCUCACAGGCAAGAGAUUCUCACUAGAAUACAUGGUGAACAGAUAAUUGUAUUGAUUGGGGAGACUGGUUCUGGAAAGAGUACGCAGCUGGUUCAGUUUCUUGCUGAUUCAGGAAUUGCUGCUAAUGAGUCUAUUGUAUGUACUCAGCCAAGGAAGAUUGCCACCGUCUCAUUAGCACAAAGAGUCACAGAAGAAAGCUCUGGGUGUUAUGAUGAUAAUUUUGUAACAUGUUAUCCAACAUUUUCAUCUACUCAGCAGUUUGAUUCCAAGUUAAUAUAUAUGACUGACCAUUGUUUACUGCAGCAUUAUAUGAAUGAUAGGAAUUUGUCAGGAAUUUCUUGCAUCAUUGUUGAUGAGGCCCAUGAAAGAAGUUUGAAUACUGAUCUUCUUUUGGCAUUGGUUAAAGAUUUACUUGUUCGAAGACUUGAUUUAAGGCUCAUAAUAAUGUCUGCAACGGCUAAUGCAGAUCAACUGUCAGACUACUUUUUUUGUUGUCCGAUACUUCAUGUGAUUGGGAGAAACUUUCCUGUUGAUAUUCAAUAUGUUCCUUGUGCAACUGAGGGAACUUCUGGUUCUGGUAUGGUUGCUCCGUAUGUUUCUGAUGUCUUGAGGAUGGCUGCUGAGGUUCAUAAAACGGAGAAAGAGGGGAACAUUCUUGCAUUUUUGACAUCAAAGAUUGAAGUUGAAUGGGCUUCUGAGAAUUUUGAAGCUCCAAAUGCAGUUGCUUUACCAUUGCAUGGAAAGCUAUCCUUUGAAGAACAAUUUCGUGUUUUCCAGAACUACCCUGGGAAACGGAAAGUCGUAUUUGCAACAAAUAUAGCAGAGACAUCACUUACUAUUCCUGGGAUAAAGUAUGUGAUUGAUUCUGGUUUGCUGAAGGAGAGUAAAUUUGAACCUGGCACUGGAAUGAAUGUUCUCAAAGUGUGCUGGAUCAGCCAGAGUUCUGCCAAUCAGAGGGCUGGACGAGCUGGGAGGACAGAACCUGGAAGAUGCUACAGACUAUAUGCAGCAAGUGAUUUUGAGUCAAUGCCCUCUAAUCAAGAGCCUGAGAUUCGCAGAGUUCAUCUUGGUGUUGCAGUUCUGCGGAUCCUUGCUUUGGGAGUCAAAAAAGUUCAGAGUUUUGAUUUUGUUGAUGCACCUAGUUCUAAAGCCAUUGACAUGGCCAUUAGGAAUCUUAUCCAGUUGGAAGCCAUUGUAGAGAAUAAUGGAGUUUUUGAAUUAACUGUGGAAGGGCGGUACUUGGUAAAGUUGGGGAUUGAGCCUCGUCUUGGUAAACUGAUUCUCAGUUGCUUCCAUUAUGGUCUUUGUAGAGAGGGUCUUGUUCUUGCUGCUGUUAUGGCAAAUGCUAGUAGCAUAUUUUGCAGGGUGGGAAAUGAUCGUGAUAAGGUAAAAGCUGAUUGUCUUAAGGUGCAAUUUUGCCACAGAGAUGGCGAUCUCUUUACUCUGCUCUCUGUGUACAAGGAAUGGGAAGCCUUCCCGGCCAAUAGAAAAAAUAAAUGGUGCUGGGAGAACAGUAUAAAUGCUAAAUCAAUGCGGCGAUGCCAAGACACAGUUACUGAAUUGGAAAUUUGUCUGCAAAAGGAGCUUGCUGCUGUUAUUCCAAGUUACUGGUUAUGGGAUCCUCAUAAGACUACUGAGCAUGAUAAGUGCUUGAAGGCAAUUAUACUUUCUUCCCUUUCCGAAAAUGUAGCCAUGUAUUCUGGAUAUGACCAACUUGGUUAUGAAGUGGCAUUGACUGGACAACAUAUUAAGUUACAUCCUUCUUGUUCAUUGUUGAUAUUUGGUCAGAAACCACAUUGGGUUGUUUUUGGUGAAAUUUUAUCAGUAACUAAUCAAUACUUGGUUUGUGUAACAGCUUUUGAUUUUGAAUCUUUAGCCAUUCUCCGUCCUCCGCCCAUGUUUGAUGCAUCUAAGAUGGAAAGCCGGAAGCUGCAAGUAAAGGCAAUGGCUGGUUUUGGCAGUACUCUGCUAAAAAAAAUUUGUGGGAAAUCCAACCAUAAUCUUCGAUCACUUCUGUCACGGAUUAGGACUGCCUGUAUGGAUGAACGAAUUGGUAUUGAAGUCAAUUUUGAUUAUAAUGAGAUUCGACUGUUUGCCCCGUCAGUGGACAUGCAGAAGGUUCUGGCUUUUGUAAAUGAGGUGCUGGAAUGUGAAAGGAAAUGGUUGUUUAAUGAAUGCAUGGAGAAAUUUUUAUAUCAUGGACCGAAUGCCUCGUCAUCUAUCGCACUUUUUGGAGCAGGAGCUGAGAUUAAGCAUCUUGAAGUUGGAAAGAGAUGUUUGACCAUUGAUGUUUUCCAUUCAAAUGUUAAUACCCUUGAUGAUAAGGAGCUUUUGAAGUUCUUUGAGAGAUAUUCAAAUGGCAGUAUUUGCUCUGUUCAUAAAUGUCAAGCCAAUGGACAGGAGAGUGAUGACAAGGAAAAGUGGGGCAAGAUAACGUUCCUAACUCCUGAUGCUGCCCAAAAAGCUGCUGAGCUGGAUGGAGUUGACUUUACUGGCUCUGCACUAAAGGUACUUCCUUCAAGAACACCCUUCGGAGGUGAUCAUAAGAUGAUUUCCUUCCCUGCUGUCAAAGCAAAAGUUUAUUUGCCUCGCAGACAGAGUAAAGGGUUUGGAUUUGUUAAGUGUGAUCUACUUGAUGCUGGUUUCAUUAUUGAUGAUCUCGAUAAUCUGGUAGUAGGGAGUAAAACUAUUCAUUGUGAUGUUAGCUCGAAAUCCGAUGAUGCCAUACUGAUACGUGGAAUUGAUAAAGAGCUUUCUGAAGCUGAAAUUUGGGAUACCCUACUGGGGGCAACAAACAGAAAAAUCCAUGAUUUUUUCCUGGUGAGAGGAGAUGCUGUGGAAAAUCCAAGUUGUGGAGCUUGUGAAGAGGCACUCCACAGAGAAAUAUCCCACUUUAUGCCUAAAAGGUAUCCCCAUACAAAUUGUUGCUGGGUUCAGGUUUUCCAGCCUGAACCAAACGAGACUUUUAUGAAGGCCUUGAUCACCUUUGAUGGAAGGUUACAUUUGGAAGCUGCAAAAGCUUUAGAGCAUUUAGAGGGGAAAGUGUUACGGGGAUGUCUGUCAUGGCAAAAGAUAAGGUGCCAGCGACUGUUUCAUAGCUAUAUAUCCUGCUCCUCGUUUGUGUAUGCUGUUAUUAAGAAGCAGCUAGAUUCAUUACUUGCAAGCUUCAAACGUGUAAAAGGUGCAGGUUGCUCCAUAGAGGCAAAUGGAAAUGGUUCCUAUCGGGUGAGAAUAUCUGCCAAUGCCACCAAAACUGUUGCAGAGAUGAGAAGGCCACUUGAAGAGCUAAUGAAUGGUAGAACCAUAAAACAUGCCGGCCUCACCCCUUCUAUAUUGCAGCAUUUGUUCUCUAGAGAUGGCAUUCAUCUUAUGAGGUCAUUGCAACGGGAGACAAGAACCUACAUUUCUUUCGACAGGCAUAGUCUGGGUGUAAGAAUCUUUGGCUCUCCAGAUGCUGCUGCUGUAGUGGAGCAAAAAUUGAUUCAAUCUCUUUUGUCGUACCAUGAGAGCAAGCAGCUUGAGGUCUGCCUUCGUGGUCCAGGUCUGCCACCUGACUUGAUGAAGGAAGUGGUUAAGAAAUUCGGGCCAGACCUUCAUGGGCUGAAAGAGAAGAUACCUGGGUCCGAGUUUACACUUGAUUCCAGGCAUCAUGUUAUUUCAAUCCAUGGGGACAAAGAAACAAAGAGAAAGGUUGAAUUGAUUGUCCUUGACAUUGCAGAGACAGGUGAAGAUUUAGCCAAGAAAUCUGAUGGUGAUACUACCUGCCCCAUUUGCUUGUGUGAAGUAGAAGAUGGCUACUGGCUUGAAGGUUGUUCACAUUUCUUCUGCCGUCCGUGUUUGGUGGAGCAAUGCGAGUCUGCAAUCAGAAACUUGGAUAGUUUCCCUAUAUGCUGUGCGCACCAAGGGUGUAAUGUUCCCAUAUUGCUUACUGAUUUGAAGUCUCUCCUUUUGUCGGAGAUGUUGGAGCAACUCUUUCGGGCUUCUUUAGGGGCAUUUGUUGCAUCCAGUAAAGGCACAUACAGGUUUUGCCCGUCUCCCGAUUGCCCUUCAGUUUAUCGUGUUGCUGAUCCCGAGACUCCUGGUGAGCUAUUUGUCUGUGGAGCAUGUUACACAAAGACUUGUACUAGGUGCCAUGGGGAGUAUCAUCCUUAUCUGUCAUGUGAGAAGUACCGGGAGUUUAAGGAAGAUCCAGAUUUAUCUUUGAAAGAGUGGUGCAAAGGGAAAGAGCAGGUUAAAACUUGCCCCGUCUGCGGAUAUACAAUCGAGAAGAUCGAUGGGUGUAACCAUAUCGAAUGCAAGUGUAGGAGACAUGUUUGCUGGGCCUGUUUAGAGGUCUUUACCUGCAGUGAUGAUUGUUAUAACCAUUUGAGAGCUGUUCACAUGGCGAUCAUCUAAAACUCGGUUACAGUAAUACAAUUUAAAUAGAGAUACAUCUAGAUACAGACAAAUAGAUCUUUCAUGUCAAACAGAUUGGUGCCGGUGCUGCGGCUCCAGUCAAUGAUUUAAACCAUUUCACAGUUCCUAUCCAUGUCUGCAUCUCUGUUAAUGUUAUUAUAAACUCUAUAUCAUAGAAGUUGACUUUCGAAA